UUCUUCUAUUUAACAUUACACCAAAGAAAAAAAAACUUCAAAAUAUGGACAAAGUAAGAGCGCUAUUUCAUCCUAUCAUUAGCUCAAUCCAAAAAAUGGCACUUUAUGAAACCAAGUCUAAAUAUUAUCUAGUUGGAUCAAACAAUACACAAACAAGAUUUCGUGUUUUGAAAAUAGACCGAAUGGAAGCAAAAGAUCUGGAAAUAUAUGAUGAUAAAGUUGAGUAUACUGCAGAAGAGAUCCACAAUCUUGUCAGUAUGAUUGAUUCUGGAAACAGACAUUCGGGUGGAGGAGGUUGUUCAAAAGUUAUAUCAGCAUUUGGGAUUGUAGGUUUUAUAAAGUUUCUUGAAGGAUAUUACAUUAUCUUAAUUACUAAACGUAGGAAAGUUGCCGUUAUUGGACAUCAUACAAUAUAUAAAAUAGAGGAUACUAAUAUGAUUUAUAUCCCUCAUGAAAGUGUUAGACUCCUUCACCCGGAUGAACCGAGAUAUGUAAAAAUGUUUCAGAAUAUUGAUUUAGCAAGUAAUUUUUAUUACAGUUAUAGUUACGAUUUAACUCAUACCCUUCAGCACAAUUUAAUGAGCCCUAAAAAACUCAAACCGGAUUCGAACAUUGAAGAGUCUGAAAACAGUACGUUGGAAAAAAGUUAUCACAAUUUAGAAUCUUCUGUAAUACCUCGUUCGAAUUCGUUAAAUUCUGAAAUUCAGCAUUUCGGAAUAAGAACUCAGCCACAUAAGAAGUUUGUAUGGAAUUCUCAUUUACUUAGUGAUAAUGUCAAAGCCGAGUUGCAUCCAGAUUGGAUAAUUUAUAUAACUCACGGUUUCGUGGGUCAGUCUAACAUAAAUGUUUUUGGAAGGUCUAUAUAUGUUACUCUAAUAGCAAGAAGGUCCAGUAAGUAUGCUGGAACUAGAUUCUUGAAACGUGGUGCCAAUUUCCAAGGAGACGUUGCCAAUGAAGUGGAAACUGAACAAAUGGUUCAUGAUUCAGGAGUUUCUUCAUUUAAUCAAAGUCAUUUCACAUCGUUUGUACAAAUGAGAGGCUCUAUACCAGGCCACUGGAAACAAGAAAUGGGGAAAAUGGUUGCUAAACCAGCAAUAACAAUUGAUUUCUAUGAUCCAUUCGCUGAAACAGCAGGGGCCCAUUUCAACGAAUUGUUAAAACGAUACGGAGCCCCCAUCAUCAUUCUCAACCUGGUAAAACAACGAGAAAAGAAAAAACAAGAGAAGCUCUUAAGCGAUGAAUUGAGUUCCUCUGUUAAAUAUCUGAAUCAGUUUCUACCUGUUGACCAUCAAAUUAUUUACAAAACAUUCGACAUGGCAAGAAAAAAUAAAGGAAACACUAAUGUUAUGGGUCACUUAGCUGAUAUAGCACGGAAUGCUGUGAUGAAAGUAGGGAUUUUCCAUAACAAGCCAAAAUAUUUUAGCCAGAGGUCUGGUACAGUUGUGGGCCAAUAUAAAAAUAAUUCUAAUAGCCUACAAACGGGCAUUAUAAGAACAAACUGUGUAGAUUGCUUGGAUCGUACAAACACGGCCCAAUUCGCUAUUGGGAAGUGUGUGUUGGGCUACCAACUCUGCGCUCUUGGCAUUCUGGAUACUCCUAAUCUCGAAUUUGACACGGAUUGUGUACGCAUGCUCGAAUCUCUAUACGAGGAUCACGGCGACACAUUAGCUCUGCAGUAUGGUGGUUCCCAAUUGGUACACAGGAUUAAAACUUAUCGAAAAACUGCCCCUUGGACUUCUCAGGGGAACGAUAUAAUGCAAACCCUCAGCAGGUACUACAGCAACACAUUUUCCGAUGCCGAAAAACAAAACGCCAUAAAUCUAUUCCUUGGUGUAUUUAAGCCUGAAGAAAGUCAAUCGCAGAUUUGGGAAUAUUCCACGGAUUAUUACUUCCAUCAUAAACCUAUAAUAUUCAGCCUAAAAUCUCUAACGCAGUGGUGGGAUUCUGGGAUUUUAAAAUGUCUGCCUUACGCUUAUAACGACCUCACCAAAGCUUGUUACGAGCUAAUUCAAAUACAUUCCAGGGAUGUAGAAAUGAUUGAUUCGUAUAUAGACUAUUACAGACCAUACGAAUUGAGUGUUUUGGAUGAUGUCUAUGCGGUGAAAGUCAGCAAUUCCAUAAGAGAUUUCAUGCCAAAUUUCACUGCAAAUUACAGUCCUUUUGUGUUAAGGGUAAGGCCGGUUAGAAGGAGGGAAGAGAAUUCUAACAAAGGAAACGCAAUGAAAAAUCCAUCCGUUACCGGGCAGAGUUCUACAAGCUCGGCAGCAUCAAGUACAAGUUCUAGUUCGGACAAUGAGGAGUCGAUCGAGGAUGAAGAUUAUGUGAUUGUGAAUGAGGCGGUAUCUAAAGAAGGCACCCCCGAACCUAUAACUUUUAAGUCACUAUUUCCGACAAUGAAAGAAAUGUACGGUACUGAAUUGAAAAAGCCCAGUCAAGAGGACAUUCUAACCUAUAAAAAGUACGUACUAUUGGGUAAAAAAGCCAAUGGAACUGUGAAGAAUACCUUUACGCCAACUUCAAUGUUGGUAAAGAGUUUAGGAGGGCUUCCUAAAGAUACUGUUUUUCAAGUAACUCCUCCAAAAGUCAGUCAAGAAUCAAUAGAGAUUUAUAAAAAGUAUAUUAGUGUAGGACUCAAUGGGGGCUUUAAUCCAAAGCCAAGUGACAUGGCUAUUUAUAAAAAAUAUGCUAGUUUCAAAUGAUAAGUCAUUAAAUAAAAACAAAAACAUGGAGACACAAGUAUUGAAUCAAUAAAAUAUAAGUAGUAUUGAUUUUACUUCUGAAAAUAUGUUGAACUAGACAUGGAUAAAAGGAAAUGGGUUACCAAUCACAUAUUUAUUUGCAAAAUAUGUAGAUAUAACUGAACCAAAUUUAAUAUUGUGAAAAAUAAAAAAACUUGCAAUUUCCAGUUAAUUAUGAAAAUAUGUGCAAUUCUUUUUGAGAUCUCAGAGUUGACAUCAUUUUUUUUAUUUUACAAAUUCCAUUCAAAAUAUCUUUGGCACAAAAAGGGUAUGGUUUUAUUCCCAAAGUGUGACCACUUCAAUUUUCACCAACUGUCUCUACCUAGAUUAGUUUUUUUGUGAACCAUUCUAUAAUCGUCUCAAUACCGUUUAUUGUUUUUAUUUCAUAAAUUUUAUAUUUAUUUGUUACACUGUGAUAUGAUUUACAUUUCAUUGUUACU